UUUGGCUCAAGCAAAACUCUUGUUGUUUGAUUCGUUGGUGACCAACCCGGUGAUAGUUGCGAUGAAGGUCGCCUUGGUCAUCAGUUUCUUUAUGGCAAUCCAUGCCCUCCGUGACAUGAAGGAUGAGAUGCCGAAGCAAAUCUCCACAUAUUCCAAAGAAAUCCCGAUACCGCCACAUCGGGGUUCAUAUAUGAAUGUCGGUCCGGGUUGCUACGCUUACGGGGCGGACAAGACCAUUUUGGAACACACAUUCUUGCCGCUGAAGGAGGAACUGUUUAAAUGCUUCGAAUGGCAGAAGAACUACGGGGAGGGGAGCAUCGCAGCCAAGUGCAUGCAGAAGGAAUUCUCCAAACUGCAUAGCCCAAAGUACUCCACCGAUGUGAGCGUUUUCUACGGACCCUUCUUCGGACAAGAGUCCAACGCGACCUAUGGAUUUGCAGGACAUACUGACUGUAAAAUGGAGGUUGAAUGGCAUUUGCAUAAUAUGGAGGGUUAUGAGUUUCCCCUGCUUUCGCUGAAUUUUUACAUCUAUCAAAAUGCUAGCAUUGUGUAGUGUACCAUUGUUUGACUGUCCCGCGACAGCUCGAAAAA